CUGGCGGGGUACCGGUGUAAACAAUGUCCUGCUGAUGGAAUAAUAAUAAUGAUAAUCUGUCCAGCGUGCGGACUGUGAUGUACUUAGACUUUAGUAACAUAAGUCUUUGUUCUUCAAGACUUUAUACUUUUAGCUCUGCUCCGUGACUGUGACCGAGCUUACUGAUGGAUUCUUUAUUAGAUCUGAGUGCAGAGCGCGUGGCUCAGUAUGCAGACCGCUAUAUUGAGUGCAUUAGGACUUUACCGUUCAGCAUCAAGGACAAACUGCUACGAAUAAUGACAGCUAAAGGCUCUGUAACAGAUUCCAAUAUAAGUCAGUUCUUGCAUGCAGGAACUCGUACUCUCGAUCUGCAGAACUGCACGGUUUCAGACUCUGCUCUCCGACAAAUCCACUGUCAGCAACUAGAGUCUAUAAUACUAAUAGGAUGUGUGAACAUCACAUCAGAAGGUCUGGACUCCUUGGCCUCACACUGUGCGGGUCUUAAGAUAGCUGACCUCUCUGGGUGUGCGGCUGUAACUGACUCAGGUUUACGAGCGCUGGCACGGAGCUGUAAGAGGCUAGAGGUUAUAUCGCUCUGUGAAUGCCCUGCAAUCAGUGAUGAAGCUCUGAUCGAGCUAGGGGCUAACUGCAGUUGUCUGUACAGCAUCGAUUUUAGUGGAACAGAGGUCACUGACGAAGGUGUUAUUGGUCUUGCGACUGGAGUGUGCUGCCAGAGCUUAAAGGAGUUACAGAUGGUACGGUGCCGAAACCUAACAGACAAGGCUGUGACUACUGUUCUGUCAAACUGUGACAACAUCAGAAUUUUCCAUUUUCACGGCUGUCCCCUCAUGACAGACAAAUCCAGAGAGGCACUUCAUAACUUUAUCGGUCCUAAUAAGAUUCAACAGGUCUCCUGGACUGUGUACUGAGUCUGCACUGAGUUUGGGUUCAUCUACAUACCUGUUACUGAGUAUGGAAAGCUACAGUGGAAAAACACAUAGUAAACACAUGCUAAAUCAGUUUAAAAAGCCUAAACCAACACAUACUACAAGAUUACAGUUUGUGCUCCGGGCUGUUAAAACCAGCCACAGUUCAAAUGAAACACGCGAGUGUAUAACUUAAGGAAUUUCAGUUAUGUUCAUGUUAAAUGUUGAUAGCAAUAUUCAUGCUAAAUGUUUGUACAUUUAUUUAUUUUAUAAUAACUGUAUGAAGCACUUU